GUUGGCUCUUGACUCUCCCACGCUGCAGUCGGUGGUUCUGCCCGGAUUCAGACCCGGAAUCCGAAUCGGAAUCGGAAUCUUGCCCGGAUUGUGAAGCAGGCUGAGAGGCAGUAUUUUUAGUGCUUGCGUGCGGAAUUUUGUUGGUGUCAAAGUUAAACAUUUUACGUGAGAUUGCAAGGACAUUCGAAGAAGCAGCAGCAAUACAAGAAGAAUAAUUGCAGCAGCAACAGCAACACUUGAAGUCACAUAAGCAGCCGCAACAGCAACAGCAACAUUUGCUGCAAGUGUAGAUCCCACAGCCGUCGCCGCCGCCAAGUUCAAAAUCAACGCCUGACAAUGACAAAAGCAGCGACGUGGCGCCCACCAAGCCCAAAAAUAAUAGCAGUAGGAGCAGUUGCAACAACAUCUGUGCCAGCAGCAACACCAAUCAAAACAGCAGCAGCAACAGCAACAACAAGGACAGCAGCAACAUUAGGAGCAGCGGCAGCAACUGCAACAAAUGCAAUAACAAUCAAUGGGCCCCAAACGACAUGGCGACGUCAACGAGGCUGCACAACAGCAACACCAACCAUGCAGCAGCAACAGCAACGGCACUUGCAACAGCAACAAUCGUACUUGCAACGCCUGGGGGCGUGGCUGCAAUCGAUGACGUCGAUGUGGCUGCCAACUUACCCCGUCGCCCGGCUGCUUUUGGCCCUCUGCCUGCUGGGCUGCCUCAGCCCCUUUACAGCUGCACUCGAGGAGGACUGCGUUGACUUCCAGGGCAACAAGGUGAACCACGGAAUGCUGUAUGUGCCCGGACCCGGAGUUUGUAGCCUCUGCGUCUGCUACCACUCCGAACCACUCUGGUGCAAGGCCAUCUACUGUGAUCCGCCCUACUUUUGCAAAAACUUCCGGGUUGGCGAGCGUUGUUGUGAGUUCGAAUGUUUGGAUCCGCCCGGCGAGGACAAACUGUACCAGGAACGAAUGCGAAAGAGGGCAGAGAUAUUGGCCGGGAACAGUACAGCCUCGAAUGUGCAACUCGCCCCGAUAGCCAUGUCCACCAUAAUGCUGGGAUUCUUGGGCAACAGUUUCCUGAACUUAUAACUUGACGUCAAAUAGCAAGAGAUGGAGAUGAAUUUAUGGCGAUGCUAAGCGAAGCGAAAUCAGAACCUCCUCAUUUUUUGUUGCUCCUCAAGCGUAGGACUUUCUCUUAAAAAUUAUUACAGUGUAAUAAGCGAAAUCCAGGCCAGAUAUUUGUAGCAUUAUGUCUGAGCAUUAAUUUAGCGAAAAAGGCAAAAGGCAUCGUGCCAUCGAUGCGUAGGUUUUCACUUAUAUCCCCAGACUUAUAAUAGGUACAAUAACAAUUUCAAAGGAUAUGGAACAGUAAAAAAAAACGUUAAGACAAAGAAAGUACCCUCAAUUGCAGAACAUUUUCGAAUACUUUCAAUGUGAUCGGAAUCGAAUCGGUAGAGCCAGCAGAUAUAGCAUAUACAUUUACAUCUACCUAAGUAUACAUGAGUAAGCAACACCAAGAAACCAGAACAAACUCAUCAAGCGAACGUAUAAGACAGUCUUUAGCUCCUAAGACUAUAAUAAAUAUAGAUAAAUGAUAUAUAUAAAAUAUAUAUAUACACAGAUAUCGAAAUCUAUGUAAGCAUAUAUUGUACAUAAGAGUGUCUAGCUCUUUGUAUCGGAUCAAAAAUUGUUGAUUAGUGUUUAGCUAACUGAAUGAAGGCAACUUCGUCUAGGAAGAUAGGUUUUUUUAAUCCAAUUGAAAUGUUUACCAUGAGUCACCAAGACACAACACAAGCACACCACAUCAGAUCCUGCUUUUAGUAAAUGUUACUUAUUUUUUGUGAGCUGACAAAAUAUCGUUAGGUUUUUCAGUUCAACUACCAAUAGUCUUGGUUUUUUUAAUGAUUUUUUUAUACUGCAUUUGGGGUUGAUAUUUAAGCAACGAUAAGUUCAACUCGCACUUCAUGAAAUAUGUCUCUAUCAGGAAUAAAAAUAAAAACGAUUGGUAGUGUCAUUAUAAACAAACUAUUAAAUAUAAUUUAUCAUCAGUAACUUGCCAGCUCUAUUUUCUUUCUUACCACCAGAGAAGUUAAAUAUAUAUGUACGGUAAGGGCAGUUCGAUAGAAAAUCUCGAUCUUAGAAAACGGUAGUAAAUUACACAUAUCUUGGCAACAUUUUUUCCAAAAUAUUAAAACACACACGGACACGAAUGAAUAAUAAUCUCUUGCAUUGGUGCUAAUUUUAUCGUAGGCUAAAAGAAUAAAAACACACACACUCGUCACUUCGCACAUCACACUCAUAUUGAAUCAAAUUCUAUAUAUUAAUUAGGUAAUGUAAUCGAGAGCAAAAAAGGCCUAGCAUACACGAGUAGUUAAGCAAUUAAAAAACCCUAUGUUUUGUGUAAGAAAUUUGCCUAAGGUAAACCUGUUAACGAUCUAAUAAUAAUAACUAAUGAAAACUAACCCUUAUGUUCACUCGCUCGAUAGGUUUUACUUUUCCCAUUUGGAUAAAUCGAUUGCAUAAUCAGUGAAGAGUGGAAAAGUUUAGUAGAUAUGUAGGAAAAACCCCUUCAAGAAGAAUAGAUCUCGUUUCCAACUUUAGGCUAAAGACUCUGAAGCCAUCUCCGUCUCUUUCUAUAUAUAUAGUAAACUAUGAUUGUAGCAAAUAAAUCUAUAAAUAUAGCAGGACCAGCAAACCAAACCAAACAUUAAAUUUAAAUAGAAUCUCGAUGAAAAUCAAUAUUUUGGGUAAUAACCCAAGGGAAGUUGGUCAAAUUUUUUUCACUUGACAGCACAUUAAAGCAAAAUACAAAUAACAAUAAAGAUAAAAUGCGGGAAUAUCCGAGAAAGUGGAGUACGGCUGUGAAAUUAUGUUUGCUUUAAAAUGCAUUAACGCAACUGUAAAUAAUAAAUGAUUACUAAAGUAUAUAAGCCAUAAUAUGGCACAACUAUUCAGAUCAAGUAGAAAAAUCGAGGAAAGCGAAAUGAAGCUCAGAGAGAAAGGGAAUAAGAGGAAAAUAACUAAUUAACUGAAUGUACAAUUCAAUAUGCCACAACAUCUGACCAAUUAUGAUCCAUAACAGAUAUAUAUAAAUAUAUAUAUAUAUACACAACAAAAAAUAUAUACAUACAUCAAUCCAAGUAUCUGAUAAGACAAAUGACAAAUUUUAAUUAAACAAGAUCGAGAAAUAUAAUGAGAAGGACAGAUUCGAAGCGCGCUUAACAAAUUUUAUCAUAGACUCAACUAACAAAUGCAAAUUGGCUUUAAUUAACAACUAAUAAAGAAGAAAUCACACGAAUAAUAUCUAAAGAUAAUAUUUAGAAAACAUAUUUCAUUUGUUUUUAUCGACUUUAGUUAUAGAUAGCAGUGUUGUGAAACAACCGAAAAAUUUUUUCCUAAGCUUAAGCGCUUUGCCAUUAGCAGGAAACCCAAUGAUCCUCAUAACAAAUGUUUUUAUAACCAAAGUGGACUAUUGGCAGGAUAUAAAGCACCUUGGAUUUCGAUAUCUGAAAUGAUACAAAAAGUAUAGACCGCAAUAACAGUUCAAGAAAUGUUCCCUUAGUUUAAUUUAUCAAUAUUUUAAUAUGAAAAUCUAGGGGUUUCUCUAAACUUGAAAAUAUUUUCUAGUAUUGUUUCAAGGUAAAAGCUAAUAUUUCACGUUAAAUAACUAACAAAAUGUUUCAACCCCGGGAAUGUGAAAAAGACAGAGAAUCACAGUAAAAAGAAAGAGAUAGCGUAAACAAAUAAUUUCUUGGGCUAUAUAUCCUGCCAUCCAGACUGGCAAUUAUUAAUCUUUAUUAUUGAUAUCAAUUAUUGUAGAGCAGGAAAUAUUUUACAUUUCUUAAACCUUACCAACCAAAAUCCAAAUCGAAAACAAAACUAUUAAACUUGACAAUUUUUAAUGUAAUCCAAAACAAUGUUAUAACGGAAGCGUCUAAUGGAAAAUCUUGAACAAAAUAAAAAUAUUAUUAAUUAACAUAAAAAAAAGCAACAAAUGUCAUAAAAAGUUUAAUGAUAAUUUAGCAAAAGAGGCAAAUCCAAAAUCAUGUAUGCAUACUUUAUAAUAAUAAUAAUUCUUAAUACCGGAAAAAUUUUAACAAAAAUAUACAAAUAUUUUCACAAUAGCUUAAA